AGUAAGUAAAAACUACCUAGGUAAAUAGGUAAACUAGCCAACUAGGUAAACUAGGUAAACAGGUAACCUAGGGCCUGGUUCGGCCGGACCAGAUACCGGAAUAGGGUUCAAGCUUCAACCUUCUUUUCCCAUUUAUUUCAUUUAUUCUUCACCCCCCCCCCUCCCUUCGUUUCUUUGUUUAUUUGUGGCGCUGAUGCGUGCUGAGAUGUACAAUGUUAUGUCUGUCAUGACAUGACAUGACAUGACAUGACAUGACAUGACAUAUAUGAUGGAUGAUGGAUGAUGGAUGAUGGAUGUGAUUUAUCUUUUUGGGCUGAGAGUGCAGGGUUGUCUGGCUUGUUUGGUCGGUUUGCUUGGGUUGGGUUGGAUGGGAUGGGAUGGGAUGGGAUGGGUUGGGUUACUAUCACGGAAGGAGGUGAAGAAGGACAACAUCUACACUAUACUACGCAACACUACACUAAACUACAGACACACACACACACACACACACACACACACACACAGAGAGAGAGAGAGAGAGAGAUUAUUGUCUUGUCUUGUCUUGGAUAUAUACGCUUAUACAUACAUACAUAUACAGAUAACAUGGAGAUAUACAGUAAAGUACCUAUGGAAUAUGAUGUGAUAACCCGCUAGCAACAGAAACAGCCACAGCAACAGCAGCAGCACCCUCUAUCUAGU